UUUUUUUUUUUUGUUUUUAACUUUUAACCAAAAUUUUUGCAACAUCUCUCUUCUCCUUUACAACGUAAACAACUUCGAACUUCAUCUGCUUUUUGCGAAGUUUAAGGACAAAGUUGCAAUCUGUGAAUCUUCAAUAUUCGUCGUCAGUUGUUAUUACUUUGAGCCAUAAGAAACAAGCCUGUAUUUACAGACUCUAAGCAAUGUUUCAUUCCUCUGGCUUACGACAUGAACAGUAUUUGAUACGUACAAAAUUAAAAAGUUCGAAAGCAGUCUUGCAAACGAAAAAAAGAAGCUCUAUAGAAUCUAACAAUUCUGGCACUGACAGCGGUUAUGCCUCAACGACUUCAUCAGUUCCUUCCAUAGUUCGAACAAACGGAGAAAAAAAUGUAAACCCUUCAAUUACAAAUCAUGUGAUAGAGACAGUUGAUGACAACAAUGAAAUUUCAGUUAAUAGAUCAACUAAAGAAACAAAAAAUGCUGCAUCUAUAUCCCUCCAUACUAGCUCAUCCUCGACUACGAAUACUACCGCUUCAACGAUAAAUACCAAGAAGAAAAGAACAAAGCCGCGGCAACCUGAUUUGGUUUACGCUUGUCCGAGACCUCUCACCUUUCCGUUUCACAAUGACGACCAAUUUUUGCCCAUUGCGGAAGCCGAUCCGCGCGAUGUUGCAAGACUAUCACCGUCCACAAAGAAUUUAAUGCAUAGAGCAUCCUCUUUGCAAUCAAAUGAAACCCAUAAAACGUCACUAUUAGCAUCUACAGUAGGCUCAACAAGAAUGUUUGACAGCUAUAGCUAUAAUAACUCUACUAAACAUAAAGUGCGAAAUAGUAAACAAACGGUUUUAGACCCUUCUGCAGCCAGUUCAACAUACAGCCAACGGUCGUCUUUAUUGGGUUCCAUUCAACAAGGCACAGUUCGUUCAUUGCGCUCUUUAUUCCAACUUCCAAAUUAUUCUUUCAGUAUUUCUAGCAAUAAGAAUUCCACGACGAUUUCUGUUCAGAAAUUAGAAAUCAAAAAAGGUACCGUCCAAUCAUUAAAAGACAUGUUUUCGAAGAAGAGGGAGCGUUUUGCCCAGCAACAGCAAAUUACUUCAACAUCUAAAAAGGGGUUUCAAUUGACUGCCUCAAACACUAUGAAUACUAUGAACCAAUUCGAAUCAAUGUAUCAACCUACUAUGCAAAUUGAAAAUUCAGACAUAACAGCUAUACAAAGAACAACAACUAAAACAAACAAAUCGUUCAGAAAGUCAAUCAAUAACUGUAUAUCGACAAUUUUUAACCAAAAAAAACCAGAACCGCCAUUGGAAACUUCGCAUGUACACAACGGGCCUGAUGCAACACCAAAAAUAGCUUCUGAUAAUGAAAAUAGGUUCAAAAAUGGUAUCAAAACACUGAAAGAACGAGUAGUGAUCAUGUCACAAAAAGUUAGCUCUACUCUGAAGACGCCAUCAGGGAAUGACACUCAUACUGAAAAUGUACUUCUUUCCUCCAAACCGCAGGAGAAUAAAAGAAGUAUCUUUUCUAUUUUCAAACGCCAACAGAAAACUCCAGACAUCUCACCAAUUUCCCGAAACAAACAGGCGCCUAAUAAUGUGGGGCAAGUUCAACAACCUGGCAUCAAGUCAAGCUUAGAAUGCAGCUUGAGUACAUCAUCUACAACAACAAUUGGCAAGGUUUUAGAAGGUUUCAAAAAACUAAUAUCGAGGCGAAGCAACUCCAGAGUUGGGGCUUUGUAAAUAUGCCUUGCACAAACAAUAUGAUUCCCUUUCUACGUAUUUUACUACUUUUCUAUGCUAUGACAAAACGUUGACACAUCCCCUUUACCCUGUCAAUUUUCCAUCUGUACUAUGCUAACCUAUUUAGUCUUCAUAAUACCCACUCUAAGAGCUAGCUUAUUUAUUCUGCUUAUUGCACAAUACAUCGUUAAAUAUGCACAAAACAUCCCAUUAUAAGAUUGUUAAAACAUUCUGAGUGGUAGGCUUAAAUUCUCAAGAAUAUCUUUUUUGUAACCUACCUUUGUCAGCGAGGUUAAAUAAAUAAGAACAAAUUACAUAAUCAUGAGUCCUAAUAGCUCUAAUGAAUUUGUCAUAUGCUGUAUGAAACUCUGCCUUUUACCUCAAGCCUUUAUCAGCAAUGUCAAACAGAACACAAAAGGCUAUUUAUCAGCAUUUAGUCAGCAAG